AUGGCGCUUCCGCCGGAUAUGUUGGUGGAGAUCCUGACGAGGCUUCCGUCCAAAACUCUGAUCCGCUUGAAGCUGGUAUCCAAGUCGUGGCACGCCCUCAUCUCCUCCCCUGACUUUAUCCGGUGGCACCUCCGCAUCUCCCGCUCCGACCCCUCGAGGCAAUCCAUCGUCGUCCGCAUCCCUCUCGCUGGCCAGGGGGACCUGACCAAGGCGUUCGACCCCUCGACCCUCGAGGAAAUCCCGGUCCCCACCAGGGCCCUCGGGGAACCACUCCUCGCCACAUACAACGGGCUCACGUGCCCCCUCCCCGGCGAAGACCCUCUCCGCCUGCGGAACCCUUCCACGGGGAACCUUCGAGAGCUCCCUCGGUGCCCGCGCCAUGACCUCUCGGACGCCCGUUCCGUCGUUCUCGGCCCCAUCGCCCCCGGCGGCCACCCCCUCGACAUGAGGGUGGCUGUCAUCGGCGUCACGUCGGGUGCCACAUGGGCGGAGGUGUGGUCCGCGCGCACAGGUGCGUGGACGGAGGUCGGCCUCGGUGGCCGUGUCUUCACCCCGGCCUAUGGCCCCGGUGCCGUCCGCAAGGGCGUUGCCUACUGGACGGUCGAGGACGGCACUGCCCUCGACCGGCGGCUGCGGUUCACCAGGAUCGGCGACGGCGGCGGCACGGCCCGUGUGGCAGCGCUCGACCUUGCCGACACCACCUCCUUCCGUUUAUUAGAGGUGCCCCAAGGGUGGGCCAAGGCGGGCAAAUACCCCAUGAGGAUCCGACCGCUGAUAUGGGCUGGGAGCAUUGCGCUGCUAGUGUACAACAUGUCGGUACAUGAGAUAUGGGUAUUAGAAAGGGAGAAGGAGUGCGGUUGGACGAGGUACAAGUUCGGAGAAAGGGAGAAGGAGUGCGGUUGGAUGAGGUACAAGUUCGGCCCGUUCAGUGGCAUCGGCUACACAAUGCUCACACUGCGGGAGGACGGCAGAUUUCUGGUGUUCGACACCAUGCUUAAAGUGGUAUUGCGUGACCUCUGGACAAACAAGGACAUAACAGUGUUUGAUCGACCCAACUUUGAAAAGCAGGAACUAAUCUUCACCGCACAGUACUGUGUGGAGAGCUUGUUAUGA